GUACAGCUGCUCAGCUGCUCUCAUCUGCUGCAGGGUCAUGUUCAGAUAUUCAUUCAGAUAGCUCUGAUUUUAAAUGCAAGCUUUUUUUGUUUGCUGAUUUCUUUUUCUUUCCCCCUCGCACUUCUCUUCCCCGCCCCCCCUUCCUAUUACACAGAGGGCUACAGCCUUGGCUACGAAGCUACCAACCGGUUACACUCAUUUACAAGAGAGAAACGGGCAGACAAAAGGUGACAGCAGAUAAUCAUCAUGGCAUCAGCAAGUCUGCAGUUCUUCGCUUUUAUUCUGGCUUUGUUUGGUGUUUUUGGAGGUAUCACAGCCACCUUGCUACCAAACUGGAAGGUAAAUGCAGAUGUUGGUUCAAAUAUCAUAACAGCUAUAACACAGAUGCAAGGACUUUGGAUGGACUGCACAUGGUACAGCACUGGGAUGUUUAGCUGUACCCUGAAAUACUCUGUUCUCUCUCUCCCCGUCUACAUCCAGGCUGCACGGACCACCAUGGUACUGUCUUGUAUCCUAUCAGCCUUUGGGAUCUGCAUCAGUACAGUUGGAAUGAAAUGCACCAAGUUGGGAGGGGACACUGACAGCAAAAGUCACGCUUGUUUUGCUGGAGGAGUGUGCUUCAUUCUUGCAGGAAUCUUUGAAUUAGUACCAACAUCCUGGUACACGAGAGAAAUUAUUUCAAAUUUUCUGGACCAGACCAUUCCAGAGAGCAGUAAACAUGAACCAGGAGGAGCGGUUUAUACAGGAUUCAUUUCAGCCGCAUUUCUGCUUAUCGCAGGUGUGAUCUUCUGCACUUCCUGUUUUAAAAAGCAGCAAGGAGCAUGGAUUUACCCUCCAAAGCAGCACCAUUUCCCAUCCACAGAGCAGGACAGCAACGCAGGUUACAACCUGAAGGACUAUGUGUAA